CAGAGAAGCCGAGGGAGAUCGGAGGAUGCUGCUGAGGAGCUCGUCCACGCCGUUCCCGCUCCCCUUCCUCUCCUCCUCCCUGCACCUCCGCCGCGCCUUCUCCGACGCCCACCUCCCCUCCCUCCACCCGCCGUCAUCCACCCCCAACGACGCCGGCAGGACCAGCAACCCCGGACGCGGCGGCCUCCACACGGAGCUCUCCUUCUCCGUCUACAACACCUUCGGCAAGGGCGAGGCCGUACUCGCCCCGCUGGCGUCGCCACCCCGCUCCCAGGGACAGGAAGGGGGUCGGCAGCCUCCGCCGACUGUGGUGGUGCAGCCGGAGCACCCGGAGGUGCCGCUGUUCCUCGCCAGGGGCCUCGGGAUCGACCGCAUCGCCUCCGGCUUCUUCACCGCGGGCGCCGACUUGAAAGGCUGCGGAGCCAGCAUGGAGGAGCAGCAGGACGAGGCUGUGGCCGCGCUGGACGCGCAGUACAAGACCAUGGUCGACGAGCAGCCCGGCAACGCGCUGUUCCUGCGCAACUACGCGCAGUUCCUCCACGAGGCGAAGGGCGACACCGCAAGGGCCGAGGAGUACUACUCGCGCGCCAUGCUCGCGGAUCCCAGCGACGGCGAGAUCAUGUCGCAGUACGCCAGGCUGGUCUGGGAGGUGCACCACGACCCGGAGAGGUGCCUCGGCUACUUCCAGCAGUCGGUGCAGGCGGCCCCGUUGGACAGCCACGUCCUCGCUGCGUACGCCAGCUUCUUGUGGGAGCAGGACGACGACGACUGCGGAGACCAAGGGACGGCGGGUGGAGCGGCGGCACAGGAGCGCGCCGCGGGAACAGGGCAAGCCAUGGAGCUGGCGUCCGCGGCCGUCUGAUCCUUUCCACUCCUGACAGGGGACAGCGCAGGCGCGCUAUAGCAAAAUGCAGUAUAAAAUGCAUGGCGUAUCAACGGUUAUAAAGUAUGAAAUAUAAACUGAAUAAUAAGAAUAAAAGAACUCAUGCGGAU